AUGAAGGAAUUAAAAAUGGACAAAGAUAUAACAGUGCUGCCAGCCGACAAGGGAAGAGCAACCGUCGUGAUGAACCGCGUUGACUACAACGAAAAGGCACAAGCCCUCCUAGACGACCAACAGUCCUACAAGUCCACGCCUCCCUCGCGAGCCAAAUCGAUGAUUGGUCAACUAACUGGACUCCUGAACCGACUCAAGCGAAACAGUGCUAUAUCGCUAGACGAAUGGCGACAGAUGAAACCAACGGACACGGCACUGGCCCGGUUUUAUGGAUUACCCAAAAUCCACAAGUCCAAUGUUCCCCUUCGACCGAUCGUUGCCUUGAAAGGCAGCCCCACUUACAAUCUAUCCAAGUGGAUGGCCCGAAAACUUAACUUUCUCCGAGAAGCCUCAAGGACCUCCAUCAAUUCGGCCUCCCAAUUCCUGGCCGACAUCCGAGGAAAAGUUGUCCGACCGGAGCAGAUUAUGAUGUCCUUUGACGUGGUUUCAUUAUUCACGUCCAUCCCACCGGACCUGGCACGCGACGUUCUUCGCAAACGACUCGAAGAGAAUUACGACGAGACGAACAAACCCCUAAAAAUCGAUCACUUACUGCAACUGUUUGCUUUCUGCCAACAAACCUUCUUCACCUUCAAUGGCAGAACAUACGAGCAGAUCAAAGGAACGCCGAUGGGUUCGCCAAUAUCCAGCCUGGUUGCAGAACUAGUCCUGCAGGAACUGGAAAAAGUCGCCUUCGACCACUAUGAACCUGCAUUUUGGCGCCGGUACGUGGACGACACGUUCGUCAUAAUUGAAAGGAGCAGACUGGCCGACUUCAAAGACCUGCUCAAUGGCAUCUUCCCAGACAUUCAGUUCACAAGGGAAGAAGAGCAUGCCGAACAGCUGCCUUUCCUUGACGUUCUCGUCACACGCACACCCAACGGCGAACUCAACACCACGGUGUACAGAAAGGCGACUAACACGACUCAGAUUCUCAACUACCACAGUAACCACCCAAUGGCGCAUAAACGCAGCUGUGUUAGGACACUCUUCCAGAGGGUAAAAACGCACUGCAGUGAACCAGAGGGACGAGUACGAGAACUUCGGCAUCUUCGGGACAAACUGGCAAGGAAUGGAUACCCGAACAGCUUCGUCAGCCGCUGCCUCCGCACGCGCCCACGGCGAACAAACGGAGGAGAGCCGCCAACACUCUGGCACCCUCUGCCAUAUAUAAAGAACGUAUCCGAAGCGAUGGAACGUAUUGCUGGAGAGCUCGGCGUGGGUAUCGCUCACCGUCCGACAGCGACCAUGCGCAGCAAAAUCAUUCAAGUGAAGGAUCGCCUAGACGUGGGUGAACAAUCGGGCGUCGUCUAUCAGAUCCCAUGUCAGGACUGCCCUCGCCACUACACAGGACAAACCGGACGACGACUUAGGUCACAAUAA